AUGUUCAAAUCGGCGCACCUUCACCUCACAAUAUGCAUCCUGGCACUAACUUGGACUCUAGCCAUAGCUUCUGAUGACAGCGCCUCUACUGAUAUUUCAGGUGCCUUUGAUGACAAAGAACCAGAUAGUGAUGUAUUCACGUACAUUGGGCCUGAAAACGAGGAAUACUUCGAUACCGAAGACAUAGAAAAACGUGAGCUCGACCCCUAUGGUUUCUACAGUGGUAUCGGAAAAAGACGAGUUGACAGGUUCGGAUUCGCUGGUGGCAUUGGCAAACGGGAAUUGGAUCCUUAUGGGUACAUUGGACAAAUUGGUAAAAGAAGACUAGAUAAGUUUGGCUUUGCUGGAGGUAUUGGCAAGAGAAGAUUAGACAAAUUUGGCUUCGCUGGAGGUAUUGGCAAGAGAAGAUUAGACAAAUUCGGCUUCGCUGGAGGUAUUGGCAAGAGAAGACUAGACAAAUUUGGCUUUGCUGGAGGAAUCGGCAAAAGACUAGACAAAUUUGGCUUCUAUGGCGGUAUUGGUAAACGUCGAGUUGACAGGUUUGGUUUCGCUGGAGGGAUUGGCAAGAGGCCUGUUGACAGGUUUUCUUUUGCCGGUGGAAUUGGGAAAAGGAGGAUGGAUCCAUAUGGAUUUGCUGGAGGGAUUGGUAAAAGAGAUGAAUUAGACCAGUUCGCUUAUGAUGAAGAUCAAGGCGGUAUCCUUGAGCCUAGCAGUCCAUCAGACGUUGUGAAACAAUUAGAGAAGAUCUCGGAGCAGAACUUGGAAUCACACAAGACAACGUGA